CGCGGCUCGGGCGGCAGGUGAGCAGUUACCCGAGCACCGACAGGAGUUUGGUGAUAGGGACCGUGGAUAGAAAUGUUGUUGUCGCCGUCCUUGGUGCACGCAGGGCUGCUCCUGCUCCUGGCGGCUCCGCUCCACGGCCGAGAUACCCGGUUCGGGGCGAAGGCUCUGCGGGUCCGGCGGGGGUUAAUCGGUGGGGCUGAGCCGGAGACUGGAUGCGGCCCGCAAGACAAGGGUUUCGGCAAGGAGGUGCUUGACAAAAACACUCACAAGCGUGUCUUCAAUGACCUCAGUGGCUCAGUGUCCCUUUCCUGGAUUGGAGAUAGCACUGGAGUUAUUCUUGUGUUGACUACUUUCCAGCUUCCUCUAGUCAUCAUGAGCUUUGGGCAGUCUAAAUUAUACCGAAGUGAAGAUUAUGGGAAAACUUUCACAGAUAUUACAGACCUCAUUAACAACACUUUCAUCAGAACAGAAUUUGGAAUGGCUAUUGGGCCAGAGAAUUCAGGGAAGGUCAUACUGACUGGGGAUAGAUCUGGAUCACACCAUAGUGGAAGAAUCUUCCGAUCAUCUGAUUUUGCGAAGAAUUUUGUACUAACAGAUCUUCCUUUCCAUCCUUUAACUCAAAUAAUUUAUCACCCUCAGAAUUCUGAUUUGUUAUUGACCCUUAGUACUGAGGGUAGCUUGUGGAUAUCAAAGACAUUUGGUGAGAAAUGGAAAGAAAUUCACAAAGAUGUUUGCUUGGCCAAAUGGGGUUCUGGUGGAACCAUCUUCUUUACUACCUACCUGAAUGGCUCUUGUAAAACUGAUAUCGGAUUAUUGGAGUUAAAGAAAACUAAAGACUUUGGGAAGACAUUCAAGACUAUAGGAAACAACAUUUACUCCUUUGGCCUAGGUGGUCGUUUUCUCUUUGCAUCCGUGAUGAUAGAAAAAACUAAUACAAGAAGAAUCCAUGUGUCACUAGAUGAAGGUGAAACAUGGAACAUGGCUCAACUUCCUUCAGUUGGACAAGAACAAUUUUACUCUAUUUUGGCAGCAAAUGAUGACAUGGUGUUUAUGCAUGUAGAUGAACCUGGAGAUACUGGACAUGGAACAAUUUACACCUCUGAUGAUCAAGGCAUCAUAUACUCCAAGUCCCUGGAAAGGCAUCUCUAUACUACCACUGGGGGAGAGACAGAUUUCACCAAUAUAACCUCCCUACGAGGCAGCUACAUUACCAGUGUGCUUUCAGAGGAUAAUUCCAUUCAGUCUGUGAUUACCUUUGAUGAAGGAGGGGAAUGGAUCCACUUGAGGAAACCAGAAAAUGCUAAGUGUGACUCAACAGCCAAAAAUAAAGAAAAGUGCAACCUUCACAUUCAUGCAUCCUAUAGCAUCUCCCAGAAGCUGAAUGUACCUAUGGCACCCCUGACUGAACCAAAUGCUGUUGGAAUUAUUAUUUCUCAUGGAAGUGUUGGAGAUGCUAUCUCAAUAACAAACCCAGAUGUUUACAUUUCGGAUGAUGGUGGCUACACCUGGACACGGACACUUGAAGGUCCCCAUCAUUAUGCAAUCUUGGACUCUGGAGGCAUCAUUGUGGCUGUUGAACAAAUUCAUUUUGUCAACGAGAUUAAGUUCUCAACAGAUGAAGGACAGUGCUGGCACAGCUAUGUUUUCAGUGAGGAGCCUAUCUUUUUCACUGGUUUGGCCUCAGAACCUGGAGCAAAAUCAAUGAAUGUUAGCAUCUGGGGAUUUCAUGAGAGCUUCUUAUCUCGCCAGUGGAUCUCAUAUACCAUUGAUUUCCAAGAUCUCCUCAGCAGAGACUGUGAAGAAAAGGACUAUACAAAAUGGUUGGCUCAUUCCAGCAAUCCCAGUAAUCCCACAGAUGGAUGCAUACUGGGCUACAAGGAAGAAUACAGACGCCUUCGCAAAUCCUCUGUCUGUAAAAAUGGCCGGGACUACAUUGUGACCAAGCAGCCAUCUGUCUGCAUUUGCACAUUAGAUGACUUUCUUUGUGAUUUUGGCUAUUUCCGCCCAGAAAAUCAGUCUGAAUGUGUGGAGCAGCCAGAGCUGAAGGGUCAUGACUUGGAAUUCUGCUUGUAUGGGAAGCAAGAGCUAUUAAAAACCAGCGGAUAUCGGAAGAUUCCAGGGGACAAAUGUGUAGGUGGGAAGAAUCCCAAACGUAAAGAGACAGAUCUGAAGCAAAAGUGCACAAGCAACUACCUGAAGUUAAGCCCCUCGAACACUUCUUCUAACUCUACUCCAGUCAUCCUGGCUGUAAUUGCCUUGAUGCUCAUCACUGCUGUCGCUGGAGUAGUCAUCAUUAAGAAAUACGUCUGUGGGGGAAGAUUUCUGGUUCACCGGUAUUCUGUCCUGCAGCAACAUGCAGAAGCGAAUGGCUUUGAAGGACUUGACGUACCUGGUGCCACUAAAACUGGCUACCAUGAUGAUUCUGAUGAGGAUUUGUUGGAGUAGUGAUGGUCUCACCAGGAUUGCACACUUCUUAAGUUUGGCUGCUGCUAUAGAGGGGCCUGAAUGCCAACAGUCCAUUUUACUUCUGAUAUGGAUGCCUUUCCUGUAUCUGAGAAAGUCUAUGUUCCUUUUGCUUCUAUCAAGUAUCUAAAACCAACAGAGCUGCAAGAAUUGCAUUAGAUUUUUAAGGGGAAGGGCAAUGUUCUCCAACUCUGAUAAAUGAAGAAGGAAAGCUGUUUAAUUUAAAUAUAAUUUUAUUUUAAUCAGAUUUCUCCAGAUCUAGAAGGAGAACUAAUAGGACUGUGAAAUAAGGAUUUCACUAAAUAUUAGCAUUACUAGGUACAAUGUACUAUGCUGCUGAAAGAAACUCCCAAAUCCCCAAAUGGGAAACAUACUGCAUUCCAACACUGUGAUAAAAUUGCAUUGAAGCUCUUUAGCACAACAACACUCCUAGCAAACAGAGCAAUGAGAUGCUGGGCAGAGAUUGUGGGUAACCAGCAUCACAAUGGGCUGUGUGCCAAAAUGCAUUUUAUUUUUGUUUUAUCUAAAAUGUAAUCAAAUCGGUAGAUGUGUACUGUGUAACAUAAGGAUGACUCCAAGGCUUGAAAUACAUCUGCAGCCCAACAUCCUAUGAUUCCAAGGAACUGAACUGUGAAAUUAGCAUGUGUACUGCCAUACAUUCAAAAACAAACUGCACAGCUCUGGAUGGAAAGAGAUGUUUGUUUAAAAAAAAAAUCUAAAAAAAAUAAGCAGUACAGACCUGUUAGAAGUAAGAGUUAUUUAAAUUGUUUAGGUACCAAAUUAGGUACAUUGUUUAGGUACCAAAUUAGGUACAUUGUUUAGGUACCAAGUUAAGUACAUUACAUCAGCUUCUUGAAGAAAACCUGUUAUUUGCGGCAGCACUAUGAAGGUUUCAAUAUUUUCCUUUUCACUGUUUUCUUGAAAGCAAUAGAUUGGUGCUUGCCACUUCGGCACCAUUUUACUAUUGUGGAUUUAUGAGCCUCUUUAUAUCAGUGUAGUUAAACUGUUGCAAUAGCCUUGUGAAAUCAUAUGUUUGGUUUUCCGAAAGUAAUAGAAAUGGACUCUUCACAAUAUUUAAUUCAAACUGUCUUGAUGUCUAGAUAGAAACUGAUUCUACUAGAAAACCAGUUGACCAGUUAAAAGCACUCCAGGCCAAUAGGCAAACUUUAAAUUUUAUGUGGGUAUUCUUCUGUUUCUCCAAUGGGGCGACUCCAUUGCUUCCCUCCUGCAGUUUCUACUCCGGGAGGUUCUUUAAUCCUCCAAAAUAUAUUUGGGUGCAUGUUGGGAUGGAAGGAGAGGAAUAUAUUUCAAUACAUUCAGCAACUGACUGAAUGUUUCAAUCAAUUGUUGAAAGACAAUUGGGCAAAUCCAACUCUAACAAUGGUGAGGUUUUUUCCACUGAUGGUGGAGAGAAGAGCUGCAGUGUAUAGACAGUAGUACAUGGUUACUGAAAUUGAAAUUUGAGGUUUUCCCUGCUUAAAUUUGGGGAAAACAUUGGGGGAGGAUUCUUCGUUUUAAAAAUAUUUUAAGACUAUUUUAGGGAUUCCAUUACAGAUACCAUGUGCUUGCUUCAAAAUAUUAGAAAACUGUUUCCAGGUUCAGCUGUUACAUCCAGAGUGAUAACUAAGCUGCCAAACACUGAGCAAUAUUGCCCACCUCAUUUAUAAAACAAAUGGAAUCCUUUUAUUUGCACUCCAAAGGAAUGUUCAUAAACAUUAACCUUAGUUUUUGGUGUUUUUUAUUUGUCCUUUCAUUAAAGGAUUACACCCAUAAGAAAAUACUCUUGUUUCAGAUAUAAUUUCGGUUUCUUUCAAAAUAAUGAAUUGUGACUGACUUUUCCUCAUUUGAGAAUUGGGCUUGGCAAGUAGAACUAUUUAAAAAAAUGGAAAAGAACCUUUUUUUCCAGCUCAUUUCUACAUCUGGAUCUCAGGGUGUUUUGCAUGAUGAUAUUCACUCAUCUAUUUCCUUCCUUCAGUCUUAUCUGGAAAAGGAUCAUACCAGCAAAAAAUACCCCUUCAAGGUCUGUGCAUGAGAUUUCCCUUCUUCUCUACCAAUCUGGUACUUGAGAUAUACUUCCAAAGGUUAUGAUGCUUGAGAUGCUGCUAUCACAGCAUUGGAAAUCAUAGUUGUUGGGUGGGAGAGUAUGCAAAGACUCUGGACUGACUAAAAAUGAAGGAAAUCGAGCUUAUAUUGCACUAAAUUGGGUAAUUACAAAUAACACCAAUGUUAUAUGUUACACAAUCUCAUCCCGGUCUAGCAUACACAUUCCUUUUUGCAAAUGACCCAUCGUCAGCAUUCUUUGGUGAUUAAUUGCUUAAUAUUUGUCUCAUCAUUCAUUUUCAUUUCAUUUCAUGUUCACACAGACCCUAAGAGUAAGCUUGAUCUGUUUGAGAUGCAGUUAGCUUGUCACUGGUGACUUGCAUCAGACCAGUUAGGAUUUGUUAGCUGUUCAAAAGCUAGCUGGUAUUUCAAUAUAGAUCAGGCUACUAAAGUUAUAAUGCUUUCGAACUCUCCUUUGAUAGCAAUAAAAUGAGAGUGAGAAGCCUGAAAGCAAGUGGUUGUCUUGAAUUUGUCCCCCAUCCCUCUCAAUUCUUGUGCCCUUACUGUGGUUUCUAAUCCUUUUUCUUCCUUUGUACCAUUGCAUGAUAUAAUGAUGCCCAGAGUAGUAAUCUUUCCAGAUUGUUGAUCCCUAAUGAAAAAGAUAAAUGCACCAACAGGAAUACUCAUAAGACAAGAGAAAGGGCAGGAAGAAAUGUCUGUUCCUGGAAGACCUGUUCCACAUAAAACUCCCACAAGUUAUCUUUUGCUUAUAGUAUUGGAUAGUACACAAGCAUCCCCGAUAUAUCAGUAACAUGUGUACAGUGCAAUGAUAUCUCUUACAGCUCAUGGUUACCAGUUCCUGAACUAAAACGUAGUCCUUUAUUUCACUCUAAAACCAUUUAAACAUAUUUGUGCAGAAACCCCCUGUGCAGAAUCAGAUUGCUCAACUAAAUUGGAUGUGAUGACUGAAAUCUGGUACUGGAAAUAUAGGAGAAAACCUGUCGUAGAUCUUCUCCAGCACAAUGUGUAUUCCUUCCUCUUUCUAGUAUAUGUCAAAUUUCCCUGUGUAUUAAGGCAUCUCUGACAGGCUUAGAAAUCUUGUUACCGGAUAUUUAUCUCUCUCAGGCCAGGGACCUCUUCCUUUGCCUCAUUUCUAUUGGCCUUUUCUUCUCAAAGUAGAGUACAUUGACUGACACAGUGACAACAUUCCAAUAAACUAAAAUCUGCCCAGUAAAUCAGGGGCUUAACGACUGCUACACAUCUGCACUGCGGAGUGGUAGUCUUCCUCCCAUAGUGUUGAAUAUCUAGAUAAUGUGACAUAUUUCUCACUGUUUUGUGUUGCCCAAGCAACAUAGCAACCAUGGCAGUGUUGCCAUUGCAUGUGCUUUGAAGCAUAAUUGUCUUCCUAAUGUGCCUGCAAGGCAGACCAUUCUUGUUCCAUACCAUCUGUGGGAUGGCUACAGAAUGCUGUGUAGCCAAAAGCCAUUGUUAAUAGCACUUCUCUAUACAGAAUUUCCUAAGAUGUACAGUCUGAGGCAACAUGAAAAAGAUAACAAAAAGGAGCCAUGUGUAGAGUUUUGUAAAUAUGCCUGGCUAUAUUAUAAAUUUGUACUGGUAUUUUUCUGUAUAUUUGCAAUAUUUGGGUUAGAAUUAAUAAAUGGGCUUUUAUUUGGAUUUUA